CUUUGGAAGCAUAAUAUUAUUAAUGACUAUUGCACAACAAUCUAUUUCAUGUAUUCGUUUGAGGAGUGUAUUAUUACGUAACAGUGACAUGAGUUCUUUUUAAAUUCGAACAUUUGAGAGUGAUCUGAGCGACUCAUAUUAUUAUUGUGUGUAAAUAAUAAUUUCUAAAUAGUAUAUUUUGUAGAAUAACGUUAAGUUAAACAUUACAUUCACGUAUUAUACGACAUGCAUGCGACGUAACACGAGUGAGGGACUGGCAGUGUAGGCUACUAACCUUGAUAGUGAACUAUUUAUUCACAGUAAGAUUGUCGGAUACAGCUGUGAAGGCGUGACCACAGCUCAGAGCAGACAGCGAGGGUUAUCUGUGUUUAAGGGUCAUGUUUGUGUUACUCUAACUUGCCUGUCUGUCCAAUUGUUCACUAAGCGGCAGGUCUUGAGUGUGCAUUUGAGUGAUUACUCGGUUUGUAAACUUAUAUGAGUAUUAUUAAGAGCAUGGAUAUCACAGUAGCUAAAGUAACGUGCGCAGAGGAGAUGAUCCAGAUGGAAGAUUUCAUCAACGAGCACUUCUUGGCGGAUAUGCCGCUGGUACAAGCGUUUGGGCUUGAGGAUUGUCCACCACCUCGGCCCUCUGUACCGAUGUCCGGCCAUGAGGACUUCUAUAUCAAGGCUACAGACAACCAGGGACGUGUUAUAGGAGUCGCUGUCAACAGAAUCAGCCCCCACAUGCACACCGAGUCAGACACUCCUCCUGAGGUCAAAAAGGCGAAGGCUUUAAUACUUCAAAAUCAUCAUCAACGUGUUAUACGCCAAAUCGGAAUGAAGGCAUCCAGAACUUUUGAGUUGGUAGAGUUCAUGGAAUUUGCUGAGGAAGAAGCAGAACUAACCAGACUACCAGAGCGGACAAUAGAGCUGAGGAUCCUGUCGGUGAGCAAGGAGUGGAGACGGCAAGGAGUGGCGAGGAAGUUGACAGAGGAGAGUAUGAGGGUGGCGAGGGACGCAGGUUUCGAGGCUAUGAGAAUAUGUUGUACAAGCGAGUACACGGCGAGACUAGUUAGGAGGUUGGGGUGGCGGGAACAUUACAGGUUAGCGUACAAAGACUACCCGAAACUCUCUGGGAGGGAUAUUCAAUUGACACCCACGCCUGGACAUGAACACCUUUACUAUUACGUAAUAGAACUACAGACAUUAGUGUAAGUAACUUUUGAUUAUAUAGCAAAUAUAAUCAUUUCAAGCAUUUUGAGAAAAGAAAAAAACAAGUAAUAAAUGAAUUGAAAGGUCCCUUAUUGUAAAGAUUAUAUUCAUGUAAUCUUUAUGUUAUAAAUCAAUUUUUAUGCAAUUUUUGUUGUUUACUAAUGUACAAUUUACUUUUUUUUUAAAUGUACCAUGUCAUGAAUCAACUAUAUUUGAAAUACAUAUUUCUCG